AUGCCGGCGAAGGAUCUCAGUGACCUUCUCAACGUGCCCGUCCCGACGCAUGCCAUUCAGGCGGAAAAGGGACCAGGGACGAGGAGGAGCAGCACACUGCGCUCGCGGAUGCAUCCCAUUGCGGUGACGGAUUAUGGGAUGAAGCCGACGCCGGUAGCGCGUAGCAGCAGGAAAAAACAACUCCAAGCUGAAAUUCUUGACGAAAUCAACGGCCGUGGGUCUCAGCAUCGCAUGUAUGCGGUGUUUUACUGGAUCUUUUUUCUUCUGCUGAUUGUGGGAGUGGCACGGGCCGUCUUCUUGUACUGGCCGGAGUUUUGGUGA